ACUGCUUCACUGGGGCUGAAAGCUGGAGAAUGAGAGGAACACCUGAGCUAGCAUUCUGAGCUCAGGAGUAGAAUUAGGUUCCAAAAUGGCAAUCAGAGCUCGCCUACCGAAUGGACUGCACUUCCCAGCAUCCUCGCGAUCAAUAAAAGGUCUGCUGGGAAAUGUGUUUUCCACUAACUCACCAAUGUGCCAUCAUUAUGGAAAAGACUACCAUAGCUGCCGGAGUCUUUCCGCAAAAUGAACAAUCAUAUUCCACUUUGUGAUUAACAGUGGGCAUACUGCAAACAUGAAAGGAAAUUCAGAACGUCCAGCACCAAAGUACACUAAAGUAGGAGAGCGUUUACGGCAUGUCAUCCCUGGACACAUGGCCUGCUCCAUGGCGUGUGGCGGCAGAGCCUGCAAGUAUGAAAAUCCAGCUCGCUGGAGCGAGCAGGAACAAGCCAUUAAGGGGGUCUACUCGUCCUGGGUCACUGAUAACAUCCUGGCCAUGGCUCGCCCAUCCACGGAGCUUCUGGAGAAGUACUGCAUCAUUGAGCAGUUCCAGAGCCUUGGCAUAAAAACAGUAAUCAACCUGCAGCGGCCCGGUGAGCAUGCCAGCUGUGGGAACCCGCUGGAACAAGAAAGUGGCUUCACGUACCUUCCUGAGGCUUUCAUGGAGGCUGGCAUUUAUUUCUACAAUUUUGGAUGGAAGGAUUAUGGUGUGGCAUCCCUUACCACCAUCUUAGACAUGGUGAAGGUGAUGACAUUUGCCUUACAAGAAGGAAAAGUAGCCAUCCAUUGUCACGCAGGGCUUGGCCGAACAGGUGUUUUAAUAGCAUGUUAUUUAGUUUUUGCAACAAGAAUGACUGCUGACCAAGCAAUUGUAUUUGUUCGGACGAAGCGACCCAACUCCAUACAAACCAGAGGACAGCUUCUGUGCAUAAGGGAAUUUACUCAGUUUCUGAUUCCUCUUCGCAAUAUUUUCUCAUGUUGUGAUCCCAAAGCACAUGCUGUCACCUUAGCACAAUAUCUCAUUCGCCAGCGGCAUCUACUUCAUGGUUAUGAGGCACGACUUCUAAAAUACGUCCCCAAAAUUAUCCACCUUGUUUGCAAAUUGCUGUUGGACUUGGCUGAGAACAGACCAGUAGUAAAUGAAGAAGUGGCAGCAGUUCCUGGCCUCUCUGCUGAAAUUGAAAGGACAGUUUCUGAGAUGGUGACUCGGCAGCUGGAUAAGGAACUGCUGAGGCACAACAGUGACGCAUCUGACUCCUGCACCCCCUCUGUGGUGGCAACAGAUUUUGAGGCUCAGGAUAUGAUUCUUUCCAGCGAGCAAGAGUUUGACCCGCUUUGGAAGAGGCGGAAUGUUGAGUGCCUUCAGCCCUUGACUUGCCUGAAAAGGCGACUGAGCUACAGUGACUCAGACUUAAAGAGGGCCGAGUGGCUUCUGGAACAAGGAGGCACUCCAUGGACAGUGCCCGGACAGGCCUUGCUUUGCCUUAACUCUGGGCAGCAGAAGCCCUUAAGCCACCGUUAUACCCUACAGUCUCCACAGGUAGAUUUAAAUAAGGAGGUGUUGAUUCGCAAUACAUUUUCUUUCUGGAAUCAGGGGAAAUUUGGAGACCUGGAAGGAUUCAAAGAUAAAGAAGACGGAUCACCAAUUUUCUACAGGAAGAAUAUUCCAAAGGAAUUCCAGAGGAGUAAAACCUUCUCUUCAGGCCUUUCAGGUGCAUGCUACCCUGAGGAAUCAGUUAAGUCCAGCCUUGCAAAUUUCCAGAAGAAACCAAACCAUUCUCACCAGCAAGUAUACCCCUGCCCAUGUGAUUCCCCUGGUGGGGGUCCGGGCUCCAUUGCAGAUGACAGUGAGACUUACCACAGCCCUGUGGACCGCAGCGCCAGUCCCAAAGUACCGCUCUUGGUUGCACCUGAAGCCCAGGACAGCAAAGACCUGUCUGAAGUUGCUCCCCACACUGCCUUGCAGUCUGAAUUGAGUGUCGAAGCAAGGAGAAUCCUAGCUGCCAAAGCCCUGGCAAAUUUAAAUGAGUUUACAGAAAAGGAGGAAGUGAAAAGGAAGGUAGAAAUGUGGCAGAAAGAACUAAAUUCCCGAGACGGAGCUUGGGAAAGAAUAUGUGGCGAAAGAGACCCUUUCAUCCUGUGCAGUUUGAUGUGGUCUUGGGUGGAGCAGCUGAAGGAGCCUGUCAUAACCAAAGACGACAUGGACAUGUUGGUUGACAGACGCGCUGAUGCCGCCGAAGCGCUGUUUUUAUUAGAGAAGGGCCAGCACCAGACGAUUCUUUGCGUGUUGCAUUGCAUCGUGAGCCUGCAGAGCCUCCCCCAGGAUGUGGAGGAAGCCGUCCUGGCCCAGGCCAUCAAGGCUUUCACCAAGGUUAAUUUUGAUUCUGAGAAUGGACCGAUAGUUUACAGUACCCUGAAGAAAAUAUUUAAAAAUGCACUGGAAAAAAAGAGAGAAAUGACAAAAGAUGGACCUACACCUGUCAUUUAGUGAAGCUGACUCUUCUCUCCUGGUGAUUAUUUCAGUCUGAAGGCACUUCUGCUCUAAGCGAACAAGCCAAGGUGUGGUCUGCUCUGUCUCCUGCCUCUCUAUCUCGGAGGCAUUUGGCUUGUGUUAAGAAAGCUUGUUUCUGUUUGGAGCAAUUAUUUAUUUUCAAAAAUAUCCUUGAGCUACAUUUUUGUACUGAAAAUUGCCAUGAAGCCGGUGCCACUUUUAUUUAUUUAAUGGAAUUAAUAUGAUUGUAUUACUAUUUCAAGCAUGUGGUAUUUACAUACUUAUUCUUUUUGACAUUUUGGAGAAGUUGUAACUCUUCUUUCCAAAACAGAUUUUUUGUUGACGGAACUCUUCCUAGAGUUUUUACCAAACAGAAAUUUUAGGAAUGAAACAUCACUGCAUAUCCAACCCCUGAUACACGACCUGAGGAAGCCACCAAGUGUCUUAAACUGCUUUAUAUUUGUUACUAAGAAGGUGAUUGAUACAGCAUUUUUAAAAGAAUUUGAAUUUUUUUGUUUUUUCUUUUUUAUAUAACUGUGGCAAAAAGUCUCAGUGUAUUAUUUUUCAAAAUGAUUUGGUUUUACAUUAAAGGAUCCACUGUGAGAUGGUGAGGUUUUUGAUGUAGAAGCUAGCUUGUCCUUUGUCAGGCUUCCGGAAGACUUGGGCCGACAGGCACUUUCUCAGCAGUCAGGCCUUACUCCACUCGCCUGGGCGCGCUGAGCCACGUUUCAUCUUUCCUGAGGAUUUGGGAGCAGAGUUGGACUCUGGAGGACACGGCUGCGGAGCGGGACACCACGGGAAGGGACAGCCGUGCUGCGCUGGUGUGUCCCUGCUGUCCUGCAGUAGCCACCGCUAGAGGCAGUGUGCCCGGCUGGCGUUGUGACAGCCAGCAAGCCAGCCUGUAGUGCCAGUGGCCACAGGGCCCUAUCUUUGGCUGCUUUUUUUACUACGAGAAUUGAGAAUUUUAAAUUGAACUUGACCCAUGCAAGUUGCUUUGGCCCUGCUGCCUUUAGAUAAGAAGUAACUGCAUAAGUUAGUUUCUUGUAGACCAAACUACUCAUCAGCAAUUGAAGCUAUAACUUAUUUAAAUGAAAGUAUGGGGGAACAGAGACCAAACCCCAGAGGGGACAGUUUUACCGCUGUGAUAUCAGUCAAGCCAAUUUCAAAAUGAAGUUUCUUCGUCAAGACAGAAUUGCAGGGGAAGCAAGAUGAAUUUGCAAGAAAUGAAAUUUCUUCAAUGCCUGUGUUUUGAUUGAAGCACUGGCACAUCAAAAUGUUUUCUGGCAUUAUCAGACCUACUAACUGUGCUGGCGAAGUACAGUUUUCUUCCACAUUGUUUGAAUUUUGGUUUAAGAAAUCAAAUCUGAUGAAUUUUAAUAAAUGGGGUAAAGAUUCCUGAAAUUUCUUUUUCAAGUGCCUAAAAAGAGAAAACACAAUUACACUUUACCCAUAGGUACAUUAUCAAAAGAGACUUCUUACCACAAAAGAUAUUGAGCCUUAUCUUGGUCUGUCCCACAAGGGCAGUGCCUCAUGGCUCAUUGCCAAGUGGCUUUUGGCAUCUGCAUCAAAUCAGUGGUUUCAUCAAGAUGACAGACCCUGUGCAGACACGACACGACUAUGGUGUUGCUUGUCUAAACUCCAGGUGCACCUGCCUGAAAGAGAGAGCUGGUGGGAGAAAUUAAUCAGGCUGUAUACGGGUAUUGUGUUUAUUUGAAUAAAUGGGGACAAAAGCUCA